UGCCCACUCUGUACUCAGUGACGAGGGCCAGGCUGCUGGACCCUAGCUGCAGGCCUCUCUACAGUGUCCACAGCUUGGGACCCUGUGAGUCCGGAGGCCCUGCUGUGAACUCUGUCCUCGGCGUUCAAGACAGGCCGCCUCCUUGGACCCCAGCGUGGGUGGCCUGGCGCCAGGCCUGUGACAGCAUCCGGGGCAGGUGGCGGGGACCGUGCAGCCGCUCAGGGCUGGUCGCAGAGGUGGGAGCUCUGGUCCCCUCUGUCCCUCGGGGUGCCAGGCAGAGGGCCCGAAACCCCCUUGGGUGCUCAGCACCGCCUCCCGGGGUUCAGGGAACCCACAGCCUCUUGGGUCUCGGGCAGUUCCGUGGUGGCCUUCAGUGUUCCUAGUUUUUUACACUAAACCUUUUUUCAUCCCUUGGAGUCAAGAAGAACAUCUGCCCUCCCAGCAGCUUCUUCAGGUUAAAAAAGAGAAAUGAGAGGCGCCUUCCCCUGUGGGCAGAGCCAGGGAGGUUCAGCGCUGAAGAGAAACAGCCCGAGGGGAGGUGCAGCCUCCCUCCCUCCUGUUCCUACAAAUCAAGACCCUGCAAGUUGAAGACUGGGCCAGGGUUUGGGAGACAGAGGCUGGGAGGCAGUGGAGGCUGCCUAGUGCCUGGGGUGUCAGCCCGAGCCUCAGACUGCUCUCUGUGCCGGGGACAGGCCGGGGCGGGAAGCCUCCUGGGAGGGGCUCGGCCCCCAUGGGAGCUGUCCAGGGCCCUGUCUUUGUGGGCAGGGGGUGGGAAGGGGGCCUGGGACCCCUUCAUGUCCUUCACCCUGCAGUCCUUGUAAACAGCAGUGAGCGCUGUCAGGCCCUGGCCCGGCUGCCUCGCCCUGGGCUGCGGACCCCCCGUUUGUUGUGGGUUUACUGCCUUUUCACUCACCGCCCCCCGGCCUCUGCCCAGGCCCACCCUACACACGCCCUGCCUGGCAGCCCCUCCAUGGGGCAGGGCCAUGGCCCUCUCCCCUGUGAAAGCCCCACUCCCACGUGGCAGCAGCCGAGGCUCUCUGCCUCAGUUUCCCUAUCCCAUGCAGCUGCCUCCUUGGGCCUCAGACCACUCCAGGGACUUCCUCUCCUGUGUUCCCAGUGGGUGCUGAGGGCUGUGGGGCACCUCCAGGCACAUCGCCUUCCCUGACGUAUUCAGGUCACUGUGUCCGGGGGGAGGGGCCGCCUCUGAGCUGGGCGGGGGUUGGCGUGGAUGCGGCCCCCUCAGCAGGCACAACCCUGGCUGUCCUGUGGGGCCAUGACCACGCACCUGUCCCUCGGGACGGGCCCAGACCCCUCACCCUUCCGUUCAUCCACCACCUCCUCCAAGGCCAUCUGCAGGCCCCGGGCCUGCACCUCUGUGGGAUGAGGCCCUGUUACCGCCGCUGGAGACCACCCUCGGGGCCGGGGAGCGCAUGGGACCCUGGCUUUGCCUCAGCACAGAGCUGACUCUCCCUGCACAGGCCAGGACCCCCUCCUGCUCCUGCAGGCCCUGCAGACCCUGUGGUCCACGCGGGAGCGGCAGCAGCUCCAGGAGGAAGCCUGGCGGGGGUUUGCUGCCCUGGACGACCCCCUGGCGGGGCUUCUGGACAUGCUGGAGAGCUGCCGGGGCCGGCGGGGAGAGGGCCCCUCCCUGGAGGCCUGGAUCUCCCGCCAGCUGCAGUGCUGGCUACAGGCACAGCCACGCCCGAGCCCUGCCCAGCCUGAGGCUGAAGCAGCUGCAGGCCCGAGCGAUCCGAGUCCUCACUGAGAGCCCCCCCAGCCUUGUGGCACCGCUGACCAGCAUCUUCCAGCUGCAGGAUGCAGACAGGAGCUGCCUGCUGGUGCAUGUCCACCGCCUCCACCAGGAGGGCAGGUUCAGAGAAGCAGUCAUGCUGGGCACGACGUUGAAGCUGCAGCCAGAACUUGAUGUUGAAAAGAUGAGCGUCCCACUGCUCCUCCAGGACAAGGUGGCCCUCGUGGAGCGCUACGUGGCUGGCUUCCCGGACCUCCAGAGGAGGCUACUGGCCCUCAUGGAUUCCUGGUGCCAGCCUGGCUUUGACAUCAAGGACGUUGCCAGACAGUACCCUGAGGUGACCUCCUUGAGCCUGGAGAAGCUGAGUCCGAAGGUGCUGAGCAGGCAGGUCUUGCGUCUGCAGGAGCGGUACGGCGUAGCCCCGGCGCUGUGUCCCAAUGCGGCCAUGUGGCAGCGCCUGGCGGCCCUGCGGCACCUGUGCCACAAGCGGUUUGUGGAGAAGAGCCUGUCUCAGGAAAACUGGGCUGACCACGUGCGGGGCCUGGUGGAGCAGAGCCCGUGGCUUCAGGAGCAGCUGUCUCAGCUGCUGGUCUCCCACGGUGACCCAGUCACGGCCGCCCGGUGUGCCAUGGGCCUCUCACUGCCCGAGGAGCGGCUGCCGGCUGCGGUGGCUGUGGAACUCCGCCAGCUCAGUCUCCAGGGGAGGGCGGCUGAGGCUGACUCAAGGCUGGAGGUGAAGGACGUGAAGGACCGUUACUACCAGCUGCCCAUCCCCAGGGAGAACAUCCACCUCCUGGCCUCGUGGGAAGACCUGACCAGAUAUGAGGGUGCACUCCUGCAGCCCCACCAAGUAGUUGGUGUAGACCUGGAGUGGACACCUGUGUUCGUUGCUGGGGGCCGGCCUCGGCCGUCACUCCUGCAGGUGGCCGUGGAGGGCCGCGUGUUCCUUCUGGACGUCCUGGCACUCUCGCAGCCACCAACAGGGCAGGGAGCCCAGGCCUUCUCCCGGCUGGUGGCCCAGCUCCUCUCGGACCCCUCUAUCACCAAGCUGGGCUACGGGAUGGUGGGGGACCUGCAGAAACUGGGCGCAUCCUGCCCCGCCCUGGCCCAUGUGGAGAAGCAGAUUCUGGGUGGCGUGGACCUGCUGCUGGUGCACAGACAGAUGCGGGUGACAAACAUGCCAACCUCAGGCACAGACAGGGCCAAGGGGCUGAGGGGCCUGAGCCUCCUGGUGCAGCAGGUGCUGGGCACAGCCCUGGACAAGACGCAGCAGCUGUCCAACUGGGACCGGCGGCCGCUCUGUGAGGAGCAGCUCAUCUAUGCAGCUGCCGAUGCCUACUGCCUGCUGGAGGUGCACCAAGCCCUGUGCAGAGAGCCUGCCCGCUUCCACCUGUCGGAGGACCUGGCCGGGAGCCGGAGGCCCAGGCACACAGAGAGACCAGGGGCUCAGAAGCCACCCGGCUUGCAGAAAGCAUCAGCCUCAGCCGCACCCAGGCAGGUCCCUGUGGCUGCUGUGGCUGAGGGCGCCGCCCCUCAGGUCCCGGCCAGGGCCUUCCGCGUGGUGUGUGACAACAUGCUGCAGGGGCUGGCACGGAGCCUCCGCUGUCUGGGUGUGGACGCACGCAUGCUGGGCAACGGUGACGACCACCGCAGGGCGGCCGAGGUCGCCAGGCAGGAGGGGAGGAUCAUCCUGACAUCGGGGCAGCCAUUCCACAAGCUCCGGGCCCAGGUCGGGGCUGGGCGCUGCCUCUCGGUCGACUGCUCCCUGAAGGCCCAGCAGCAGGCUAAGGCUGUGCUCAAGCAUUUCAACGUGCGCGUCACCUACGCAGACAUCUUCAGCCGCUGCCAGGCCUGCAACUGUGACCAGUACCUGAAGGUCUCCAGGGACAUGAUGAAGCAGCUCAUGUGGCUCAGCAGCCACCAGGAGGGGCCCAGGAGCUCAGGUGACAAGACCACCCUGAGCCAGGAGGUGCAGGAGCCAGGCCCAGCCCCAGAGGCGGCCCCUGGGGGCUGCACCUAUGACCGUCCCUGCCGCUGGCUGCAGGCAGCUGACCUGCGGGCGGAGACACCGGACAUGCUGACCAAUGGCACCCGGCUGCAGCUGGCAGGGGUCCCGGUGGGCGUGCUGAGGACACCCGGCCUGCGGCACUUCUACUGCUGCACGCGCUGUGGAAAGGUCUUCUGGGAUGGCUCCCACCUGGAUCGUGUUGCCACCCACUUCCGAGACGUCCUGGAGAGCGCCCCCAGCCCCCGUGAGCCGAGCCCAGCCCCCAGCCCGGCCAGCAGCCCCUUCUGAGGACAACCAGACAAUAAACAUGGAAAGUGCCUGCUGCUGGGGCCACGGCCGUG